ACGACAGAGAAGCUCAAGGCAAUGUCUAACACUGAUGUGAGGCACUGGACGUUUGCAGGUCUCAAACGUGAAGCCGAUGGCAAAUUCAAAGACUCGGAUCUCGCCAAGAUUCUCAUGGAUGCUACCGCUUCGCCUGCUGGUGCCUUUGGCGCUAGGGGUACCCCCGGGAUUAUGAGGACUGUCGAGAUUAUGACGAUCCAGAUGGCGAGGCGGUGGGCAUACACUACCUUCCAAGAGUGGAACCCCGAUCCCGAGAUUUGGAUGGCCGCUCAAGCUCUUUACGAGCAAGUCGAUCGUCUCGAGCUCUAUCCUGGUCUUCAAGCCGAGGAUACCAAGCCUCCAGGCCCUGGUGCAGGUCUUUGCCCAGGCUACACCGUCUCUCGUGCCAUCUUGGCCGACGCCAUCGCGUUGACGCGUGGUGACCGCUUCUACACACACGACUUUACCCCCUCCAUCUACACUUCUUGGGGCUUCAAAGACUGCCAACGCAACCCCAGCAACCCAGACAUGAAGAACAACUUGAUUCGUCUCGGCAAGGAAAAGAAGUACUCGUUUGAUCGACCAGCUCCCCUGAACCCGAUCAAGGCCGUCGAGAGUACUCCGGCUAUUUACGAGAUUACUAGCCGUGGUGGGCGUGGGUUCAAAACUAACUAUGGUGCCAAGGCACGCGAGAUUAUUGAUGGUGGAGGAUACUUUGCAUUGUUGGAUGAUAUCCGGGGCGAGGUGCACCGUCGUGCAAUUCAACAGGCCGUGUUCCAUAACAUCGAGCAUACGGCUCCAAUUGCUAGGAAUAUCGAGUCCAAGUUGCGCGCACUCGUUCAUGUCAAGUCGUUCACCCUCGUCGGCACGUCGACGAGGUGCAUUGAUAUCGUCAAGGACGGCCUUCCUUUGAAGACACAUGAUCACCUGAGCGGUACUGUCUUUGAACAACAGGCCGAUCAGAUGUUCAAGGACAUUUACAGCUACAUCUUCCACGAGGUCGACCCGACCUUUGUCCUUAAUCUCAAUGACAUUGUCAAGAAGCACGUCUCCUACCUCAUGCGCUACAUUGAGCCCCAAGUCGGAGAUAGCAACGGAAUCCUUCCCAGCCUCUCGUCCAUCAAGGAGGCGAUCGUCAGCUAUUGGGUCGACCGCCGUGGUGACUGUGGCCGCUUCUAUGACUCGAUCGUUGCCAAUGGGUUCUCCAAGACAGACGUUAUGAAUGACGUUCUUGCCCUUGCCGUCUUGUCCACCGUCGAGCUCUCCCAUCGUACGUUCCGUGACGCCAAUCAUGAGCACCGCGAGAGGAUUGUCGCUGCUGCCUUUGGUGACGAGCACAUUCCCAUGAGCGAGCUUGAGGGAUAUACUGACGUGUCUUUAGGCGAAGCUGUUAGCUCCGUUAGCAACAACAAUAUUCAGAGCGGUGAUCGCGUCUUUGUCAGUCUAAAGAAGGCCAUGGCCGACGAGAAUACCUACCCCAACGUCAAUCAAAUCGUCCUCAACCGCCCCAAGGACCAACGCCUCCUCCUAGGUGAUGGUCUCGUCAAGCUCUUGGGCGAGGACUAUGUCCUCGAAGUUGGACUGCAAUGGCACGCCGCAAUACUACUACCUCGACCACCCCAAGCAAAAGAUUACCUUGUGGCCUAC